CUUCUCUCUCUCCUCCACCCCCCGUCAUCAGAUUCAGGCCACCGCCCCACGCCCACCCCAAUCCACCACCGAGCGCCAUGUCUCCGCCAGAUCCGAUCGAGCCCGUCUCCCCUCCGCCGCCGCCGGCGAUGGACUUCGCGCUUCCCUCCGCCGUCGUCGCCACCAUUCUCUCCCGCCUCGACGUCCGCUCCCUCCUCCUCGCCUCCGCCGCCUGCCGCUGCCUCCGCUCCUGCGCCUCCCACGCCCUCUCCUUCCUCCCCGCCUUCCACCUCCUCGAGGUGGCGCUCACGCACGACCUGCUCCGCCCGCUGAUGCCGCGCAACCCGAGCCUGAGGAGCCUCCGCCUCGACUGCGCCAGGCUGGAGGACGCCGCCGUCGGCUGCCUCGCCCGCCCCGGCCUGCACGAGCUCACCCUCCUCAACUGCGACAACCUCAGCGGCCGCCUGCUCCGCGAGCUCAGCGCCACGUGCCAGGAUCUCAGGGUCCUUUCUCUCAACUCCGUUGCGGAGCGUAGGGACCUGGCCAUGGGAUUCUCUGAUCUGGAGGCAUUGCUUGGUGGAUGUUCCAAUUUGGAGUCUCUCAGUUUGGCACUUGAUUUCUCAAAGUUUGAUGACCCCAAUUUUGGGCAUGUGUGGUCAUCUGCUUCUGAAGGCCUGUCCUCUCUUGAAAUCGGCUAUAUUCCAUUGUCAAUGCUACUUACACUUCUGACUGUGGCUAUCGAGUCGAAGCGCUCCAUGGAUUGUAUCAAGGCGCCAGUUUUCUUUCCUAGUCUUCAAAAAUUGUACCUCUCGGUUGACUUCAUUACCGACCAUUUGAUUGAGUCCAUAUCAACAGCACUUCCAUCAUUGACACAUCUGGACCUCCAGGAUGCUCCAAUUUUGGAACCUACAUCUGAAUCAGAUCUCACCAAUGCUGGUCUUCAGCAGAUCAAUCUGAGGGGAAAGCUGAAGCAUAUUUCUCUCAUUAGAAGCCUGGAGUUUUUAUCCACCUCUUUCCGCCGAGUAAACGAUCUGGGGAUCCUGCUAAUGUCUGAAAAGUGCUCACAUCUUGAGAGCAUCUGUCUUGGUGGUUUCUCCCGUGUAACAGACACUGGUUUUAGGGCUAUCAUCCACUCCUGUUCUGGUCUUCAUAAGCUCAGGGUCUCCCAUGGAAGCCAUCUCACGGAUCUUGUUUUCCAUGACAUUGGUGCUACUUCCCUUUGCCUAACACAUGUGAGUCUGAGAUGGUGUAAUUUACUAACUAAUGUUGGGAUUGAGAGACUGUCAUGCAACAAGGAUCUGAAUGUAUUGGAUCUUAGAGAUUGCAAGAGUCUGGGUGAUGAAGCUGUAAGAGCUCUGAGCUGCCUUCCCAGGCUGCACAUUUUGUUGUUGGAUGGAACUGAUAUCACUAAUCAAGCAUUGAAGUAUCUGGGUCUCGGAACAUGCCCGCUAGUUUCCUUAUCUCUCAGGGGUUGCCGAAACCUAACAAAUGAUUGCAUACCCUUGUUGUUUUCUGGUUCCAUCAAACAGAGCCUACAGGUCUUGGAUCUCUCAAGGAUACCAAGUUUAACUGAUGAUGCUAUCAUGUUGAUAGCACGGAGCCGAACUCCUCUUACUGAACUCCGGUUGCGAGAGAAUCCAAAAAUAGGGGAUGCAUCUGUGAUGGCUCUUGCAUCAAUGCAGUUUGAUGGAGCAAUCUAUGGCAGUACCUUGCAGCUGCUGGAUCUUUACGACUGUUGUGGCAUCACACCACUUGCAAUGCGGUGGUUCAAGAAACCAUACUUUCCAAGAUUGAGAUGGCUGGGACUAACAGGGAGCCUGAACAGGAUUAUGGUGGAUGCCCUAGUUCGAAGCCGGCCGUUCUUACACAUGUCAUGCGGUGGCGAGGAACUAGGGACCGCAUACUGGGACUCAUCCUCUGACUGGUAUCGGCACGACGACGAUGAUUCCGAUGGCCUUGAUGGUGAGCCAGUAUCUGAUUCUGAUACCAUCACGGAAGAUUAAUGCAGCACAGCAACUUACUUGCUGCCAUGUGCAAUGUUUGCCUGCCCGAAAACGGUCACUAGGCUCUUAUCAGUCAUGUGUUGGUCUCUUGUUGUACCACUAGUUAUGAUAUUUUCACAAUCUGUUAUCUUUCCUCAUGUGUCCGUUGCGUAUGUAUACGGCAAUCUGUUUGUUGUUACAUCACGCUAUGUAUGUUGUAUUCAGAUUCUGGACGCUGUAUUUCUUUCGACACAGGCAUUUGUCUUGUGUAUCUUCUAAGGUUCCAUCUAAUUCUUAGUACUUUCUUAA